CCUAUCUCUAGAUUCUAGAAAACCACAACAAAAGAAAACACAAGCAGCUCCUCCUCACCGCCCCUCAUUUCUCCUCGCAGCAAACUUGGAUCUCAGCUGUUGGGUUCUCGCGUCCAGUAAAAGCGCUUUCUAUUGGAUUCUCCAGCUCCUGAAUGGUGGUACUUCAUCUUCAUCUCUGCCCCAAAUUACAAUCUUUAGACACUUCCUACUCGAAAGGAUCCUUUUUGGGGACAACCUCUACCUUCAGAUUCUGAUAAGUUUUGUAGUUUCUGAAUCGCACUAUUUACCUCCAUAUGAUGAGUUCUGUAGUUUACUUUAUCUUCUUCUCUGUCAAUCUUCACUUGUGUGCAUAAACCCGGUUCCAAAAUGCAAUCUUUGAACGCUUUCUAUCUGAAAGGAGCUACCUUGGGUGCAACUGCAACCCAUUUGGAUUCUGAUGAGUUCUAUUCACAUGCUCUGAGGAAGAGGAGGAAAAGGAGAUGGUUUUGUGGCCGCGGCGGCUGUGCCCAAACAGUGUCUGUUUCAUGCAAUUUUGGUGGAUUUAGGGGAUCAAGCAGAAAUUGCGGUACUCAAUUUAUCACUACUUGUCCUAAAUUUAGCUUGUUGGAUAGAAAAAAAAGUCCUUUGAGUAGGUACUCUGCUACGGUUUCGGCACUCGAGCAAGAAACUGUAGGAAAUGAACAUCGCAGAGGGGGCCCAGAAUCCAAGGGUUCCACGAACAAGGAGGUUAGCUUGGAUAUAUUGAAUGAUGUUGGAAAUUGUAAUAUUUUUUAUCAAAAAGAAGAGGAAGGAGAAAAGGUAAUGGGCCGUGGAAGGAAUGAUCGUAGUCGUGCGGCUGAAUCGAUUGAGAAAGAAAAGGUCGAUGUUCGGGCACUUGCGUUUACUUUACGGGAUGCUAAAACAGCAGAUGACGUGGAGAAAUUGUCGAGGAGUUUGGAGAAUUUGCCUCUCCCUGUUUAUUCCUCCAUGAUUAGGGGCUUAGGGUCGGAUAAGAGAUUGGAUGCUGCAUUUGCUAUUGUUGAAUGGUUGAAGAGGAAGAAAGCUGCAGGCGGUGCUUCCGUUGCUCCGAAUCUGUUCAUUUACAAUAGCCUUUUGAGUGCAGUAAAGCAGACCGAGCGGUUCGAGAAAGUGAACGAAGUCAUCGAAGAUAUGAAAUCGCAAGGAAUUGUUCCAAAUAUUGUGACUUACAACACUUUGAUGUCCAUUCACUUAGAGCAAGGGAAGCCCCGUGAGGCCCUCGAUAUUCUUGCCCACAUUGAAAAUUACGGGUUAUCUCCCUCUCCUGUCACCUACUCUACUGUCUUGCUAGCUUAUAAGAAGAUGGAUGAUGCGAGAGGCGCGAUUGGGUUCUUUGUCAAGUUGAGAGAGAAGUAUGAGAAGGGAGAGAUUGGGAGAGAUGCGGGGGAUGAUUGGGAGAAUGAGUUCUUUAAGCUCGAAAAAUUCUUGAUUCGUGUGUGUUACGUCACGAUGCGCCGGUUGCUUGUAAAUGCAGAAAAUCCGACUGCCGACGUGUUAAAUCUUCUUAGUUGUAUGGAUAAUGCUGGAAUAAAACCUGAUAGAGCGGACUAUGAGCGGCCAGUGUGGGCGUGUACUCGUGAAGACCACUAUACCGUGGCUAAGGAGUUGUACAGAAGAGUAAGGGAGAUGGACGGCGAAAUCAGCUUAUCAGUAUGCAACCACGUGAUAUGGCUCAUGGGUAAGGCGAAAAAAUGGUGGGCGGCUCUCGAGAUCUACGAGGACUUGUUGGAUAAAGGCCCAAAGCCGAAUAAUCUUUCAUAUGAAUUGAUCAUUUCUCACUUCAAUAUCCUACUAACUGCUGCUAGGAGAAGGGGGAUUUGGAGGUGGGGGGUUAGAUUGCUUAACAAAAUGCAAGAUAAAGGUCUAAGGCCGGGGAGUAGGGAGUGGAAUGCGGUCCUUGUCGCCUGCUCAAAAGCAUCAGAAACAAACGCCGCUGUAGAGAUAUUUAAAAGAAUGGUGGAGCAAGGAGAGAAGCCCACUGUACUCUCUUAUGGUGCUUUACUUAGCGCUCUCGAGAAAGGGAAGCUCUAUGAAGAAGCACUUGCGGUAUGGGAGCAUAUGUGUAAGGUGGAUGUUAAGCCCAACUUACAUGCCUACACAAUCUUGGCCUCGAUCUUUAUAGGAAAAGGAGAUAUUGAGAUGGUGGAUUCGAUUAUCCGUGAAAUGUUAUUGGCAGGGAUCGAACCAACCGUCGUUACCUUCAAUGCAAUAAUCAGCGGAUGUGCUAAGAAUAAUAUGGGGAGCGCGGCAUUUGAGUGGUUUCACAGAAUGAAAGUGCGGAACAUAAAACCAAACAGAAUUACGUACGAGAUGUUGAUUGAAACUCUCGCGAAGGAUGGUAAGCCAAGGCUUGCAUAUGAGAUGUACUUAAGAGCUUGCAAUGAGGGAUUGAAUCUUUCUUCGAGAUCAUACGAUGCUGUAGUAGCGGCGUGCCAAGCUUACAGUAUCAGCAUAGAUCGAAAUGCUAUGGGUCCGCGGCCGGUCGACAAGAGGAAGAACAUCAUGAUAAGGAAGAACAUGUCGGAUUUCUGCAACUUCGCCGAUCUUCCGAGGAGAGUAAAACCUUUCGAUGAGACGGAAAUCUACAGCACAUAUGUGCAGGAAAGAUAGUAAACUAAAUUGUACUGUUGUAUGUAUAUCACAAACCUCAAAUUGUAAUUGCUAUUAUUAUUAUUAUAUUUACAAUUCUAAGUGGAAAUCCAUUCUCUAAGUUCCUCUA